AGAGGCUAAACAUACGCUUCCGCGCUAUGAAAGCGUAAGACCUAGGUGCGCUUCCGCCGUAACCAUCACUUCCCCCAAAUCCCUUCUGCUCCUUCGACGGUACGGCGGCGGCGACGGCGGAGCCUGGCGGCGGGUCGCGAUGGCAUUCGAUCGACGGGCUAGCGAGGUCGGAUUGCGACGGGCGCGGCUACGGUGGUUGGGUCGCGGCAGGGCACGGCGGCGCGGCUACGGUGCGUUACCUACGGAGCAGAACACCUCCGCAGUGAGUGGUCGCAGUCUCCGGCGAGCUCCCCGCAGUGAAGUUUAAUCACCAGAUCUGUAUACGCCCUCAAGCAAAAUACUAUAGACGACAACAGUAAGUGGGCGACAACUCUGCAGUAAAAGAUUGAGCCUCCUCCAGCUGGGGUCAGUCGCUGCGUCAAAUGUGCUCGCUGUAAUCAAGAAGCCAUACUCGUUUGUUUAAUCACAAGUUCAGAUUCAGACCCGGCCAUGUAACUAGAUUAGUUCAGAUUCAGAUUCAGAACCAAGUGCACAUGAUGGUGCCUCGAGCCUUGUAAUGAAGACAAGAAAAAUGCCAACUUGACACAAAGCUUGUAGCUGGAAUGGGUUCACCUUACUAAUCCACAUGCCCUUACCAGCUGCUAGCUACACUCACAUCUGCCAAUAGCACCACCACCUACACAUCACAGUGAGAAAGUAGAGCCAUGGAGGCGACGGGGGUGAGCUUGGGGAAGGCCGCGCUGGGCGGUGCACUGGGCUAUGCCACGUCCAAGGCGGCGGAGGAAAUCGCGCUGCAGCUCGGUGUCGAGCGCGAUGUGAACUUCAUCAGGGACGAGCUGCAGAUGAUGCAGUCGUUCCUGAUGACGGCUGACGAGGAGCAGAGCCAGAACAAGGUGCUCACCACCUGGGUGAAACAGAUUGGGGUCCUGGCCUACAAAGUAGAGGACAGCCUCAUGGAUUUUGGCCUUCAUUCGGAGAAAAAACCAUUUUUGGGGUGCAUCCCCCGCAACCCAGGUGAGCGACGCCGCAUCGCCAAGGAGGUGAAGGAGCUGAGGGCCGAGGUGGAGGACGUGAGUAACAGGAACCUGCGCUAUCGCCUCAUCAAGGAUAGCUCCAGCUACAAGUCUACCGUGGCAGAGGAGCAGGCCAGCAUUGCCACUGCAGCGAUGUUUGCUGCUGUGGAACAUGAUUCAUCAUCAAAAGUGGACCUCCACCAGUUGAUUACCAGCAAUAACGUGGAACUUAGGGUGAUCGCCAUGUGGGGAACUAGCGGUGAUCUUGGGAAGACGUCCGCCAUCCAGGAGGUUUAUGAUGAUCCAAAGGUAUUGAAAAGGUUUGGAUUCUGUGCUUGGAUUAGGUUGAUGCAUCCCUUCAAUCCACAAGAGUUCCUCCACAGCUUGGUAAGGCAAUUUUAUGAAAAUUCACAUGAUGACUCUGGAAAGGCAGACCAAGAAACAAGCAUCGGCGCUAAUGUUCUUGUCAAGAUGGAGAACAUGGAUCAAAGGGAUUUAGUGCGUGUGUUUAAUGCGCUGUUGUGUAGCAAUAGCUACCUGAUUGUAAUUGAUGACCUAUCCACAAUAGUGGAGUGGCAUAGCAUUAAGAAAUACUUCCCCGACAACAAGAAACAAAGUAGAAUUGUUGUUUCCACGCAGCAAGCUGAAAUUGCAAGCUUGUGCACAGAGAAACCGUACCAAGUUUCAGAGUUCAAGCAGUUGUCCUGUGAUCAAACUAUUUAUUUGUUCCACAAGAAGAAUUCAGUGGGACAGGUUAACAUGGGCACUGUUAGUGUAGCAAUGGUGGACAACAAUGAUGAAGCAAAGGCUGCUACUGUGGAGGAGAAACUGAAGGUUAAGCGAGCAUCAUGUUCCGCCGAGCCAAUUUCCUACAGCAACAAAGUUACUACAAGUGAGACAAACACAACAUUGCCCAGCGAUGAAAUACAGGAGGAAGACCAAGAACCUAACAUUGCAGGUGAAGACAAAAUUUGUAAUUCACCUGCUAGAAAGAAGUAUGAUCGCAGUAGGACACUGGCACUGGCACUUGCUGAUGAAUUCCUCUGUGGGCGAGAAACAGAGAAAUUUUUUCUUAUCAAAUUAGUUGGCCAGCCAGACAACAAGUGUUGUACGGUGAUCUCAGUUUGGGGAAUGGGAGGUCUUGGGAAAACCUCUCUUGUUCGAAGCAUCUACCGGAGCCAAGAACUUGGUGGCUGGAAGCGUGCUUGGGCCACUGCAUUGCGUCCUUUUAAGCCAGAAGUACUUCUUAGAGAUUUGGCUUUGCAGCUUCAGAAUACUAUCCAAGAAGAUCCGGUUGGAGCAACAACUGGGGCACAGAAGAAAAGCAUAUCAGUGAUGAAUCUUCAAGAGUUGAAGGAGGAACUAGCUCGGGUACUAAAAAUGAAAAGGUGCCUUGUUGUUCUUGAUGAUAUAUUGUCCACCUCUGAGUGGGAGUUGGUCAAAUCGUGUUUGUAUAAUGCUGGAAGGAUCAUAGUCACCACAAGAGAAAACGGUAUUGCCAAACAUUGUUCAGUAGAGGACAAGAACAGGUACCAUCUUGGUGGUCUGAAAGAGGAUGCUGCACUUGACCUCUUAAAAAAGAAGGUAUUCAAGGACAAUAGUGAAAAAACAGAUUUAGUCCCAGCUAUGAUGGAGCAAGCAAGACUUAUCCUGCAGAAAUGUGAUGGACUUCCUCUUGCAAUAUCCACUAUCGGUGGAUUCCUAGCCACUAAACCAAAAAAUGCUAUUGAAUGGAAGAAGAUGAGUGAUGGUAUUAACACUGAAUUGGAGAUAAAUUCUGAACUUAGGACAAUAAAGACAAUUCUUAUGAGGAGCUACGAUGGUUUGCCAUACCAUCUGAAGUCUGCUUUCUUAUACUUAUCUAUAUUUCAAGAAGACCAGAGAAUUAGGUGGGGUCGCUUGGUGAGGCGGUGGACUGCAGAGGGUUAUUCAAGGGAUAUGCAUGGCAUGAUUGCAAUUGAACUUUGUCGGAGGUACUUUGAUGAGCUCUUGGAUAGGAGUAUGAUCCUGCCAGGUGAAGGGACAGACCGAUACAGUCAGAAAAUCAAUUCUUGCCAACUUCAUGAUAUGAUCCGUGAAAUAUGCAUAUCAAAGGCUAGGGAGGAAAACCUUGUUUUGACGCUGGAGGAAGGAUGUUGUUUGAGUGACACACAAGGUGCAAUACGCCAUCUUGUCAUUGGCAGCAACUGGAAAAGGGAUAAAGAUGUGCUGGAGAGCAAGCUAGACUUGUCACAUGUACGGUCAUUGACUGUGUUUGGAGAGUGGAGAUCAUUUUUCAUCUCCGACAAUAUGAGGUUUGUGCGAGUGCUUGACUUAGAGGACACACUAGGGUUAAGAGAUCAUCAUCUUGAUCAAAUUGGGCAGCUCCGUCACCUCAAGUACCUUUCUCUUCGAGGAUGUUGCAGGAUUUUAUGCCUGCCUAAUUCCUUCCAGAAUUUGAGGCACCUCGAAACACUGGAUGUUAGAGGUACACAUAUAUCUGAGUUGCCAACAACAAUCACCAAUCUUCGGAAGCUACAGCACCUUCGGGCAGAUUGUGAUUGGGACCGUGAACAUGGCGUUGUACUUCCUAAAGGGAUUGGUAAAUUGAAGGCCCUUCACUCACUAGGUUUCUUUGAUGUUUCCGGGAGAAAUGAAAAUGCCACUAUAAAAGAGUUUGGAGAGCUUACUCAGCUGCGAAAGCUUAAAGUGGGUGGUCUGAGCUGCAGAAACAUCAGUGAGUUAUGGUCUGCCAUUGCUGGUCAUAAUCAACUUCAAUCUUUGUCAGUUAAAAUAAGUAACUCGGGUAAAGAUUUGUUAGAUGGCUGUUUGGGUGAAGAUUUGUUGCCACCAAGCAGCCUCGAGAGCCUCGCUCUGCAUGGCAAGCUGGUCAAUGUAACAAAAUGGAUCCAUACGCUUCAGAAUCUCUCCAAGUUGGUGCUAAGGUUUAGCAGAUUGGAGCAAGAUGAUGCCAUACAAGUCAUCGGGGUGCUACCAAAUAUAGUGGUACUACGCCUGCAGUCUGACUCGUUCAGGGGGACACAGCUCCAUUUCCAGAGGUCAUCUCUCCCUAGCCUCAUGGUGCUGGAUCUCUGUUGCUCAGAGAACCUCCAGUCGGUGCUGUUUGAAGAAGACACGAUGCCCAAGCUUGAGCUGCUACAUAUUGGUGUGUGCCGGAAGCUGAAGGACAUCUCCGGGCUGCCAGCCCUCAAAAGCCUCAAAGAAAUUCAGUUGCCUAAUGCUGGUACCUGGUAUAACAGUAAAAUAUUUGAGGUGCAGAGGGAAGCGGUGGAGAGGCAGGUAGCGGAGCACGUGAGAGUGACUGAGUAUUAAACUCUCCCUCCCUCCGUCUGGGUGUGUGUGUGUGUGUGUUUCCAUCGGAUUCUUAUUCUCCUGUAUUCUACCUACUAUACAUACAGUAGGACUAGUAAUUGAUGUACCUGUUGCAAAACUGGGUCACUGUAAGUCUGUAAUGCAGCAGUGGUAUGUAGGUA